AUGGGGCAUCUUUCCACCAUUGGGCAGACCAUCCAAGAUGUCACAGGCAAAUUUAUGAUGUUGAUCGUGGGUGCAACCGCGGCAAGCCGAGCCUCUCACGCCGACGGUGUUGACUGUGUACCGUACGACCCCAAUGGUCCACCACCAAAGAAGGGGGCCGUGAAAGAUGUUCAAGUUGCGGAGGAACAUAUCGGAUCAAAUGGCAAGGCUAAAGUCAAAUGGUACGAGUAG